AUGUCAGCUAUGCUCGACCAGGUCAAGGGCUAUUUCGAAGGCAAGGUGGACUUCCAAGGGCAACGCCUUGCCGACCGCAUCAACCAGGAGGUCUUGGUCAUGGGGGCACUCCUUGCCCUCUUCGUCGGCUUCGCCUUCUCCUCACUGCAGGUCAUGAUGCUCAUCUUUGCCGCCAUCUCCGCCGUUGACUUCGUUCUCGUCGUUCCCGCAUGGCCGUGGUAUCGACGUCACCAGACCAAGUGGCUGCCCAAUAUUCCCCGUUCAGACGCAGACGAAGCGAAAGCAACAGGGGAGCAAGGCAAAAGCGUCGACGAGGUCGAGAAGGAACCACUUCUUGCUGCUGCGGAGGGCAAGAAGGCAAGAUGA